AAGAGCGGCUACCCUUCCCCGCCCGUGGUCCCUCUCGGCUCCUCCGCUUCCUUCCUUCCUCCCUUGCUUCUCUUGGGCGCACAUGGGGAGGCGAGCGGGGCGCCCGCUGGACUGAGCGGCGGACUCCUCGGAGGCAGCUCGGGCUCUAGGCAGGCGAGCGGACGGGAGGAAGGACGAUGCUGCUGCUGCUCCCGCCGCCUCCACCUCCUCCGGCUCCUCCGCUCCUCCGGGGGCUGCCAUGAGGCAGGAGGAGCCCCGCGGGUGCCGAGGUCGGGAGGCCGGCGAGGGAGCGAGCCCGGGAGCCCCCGAGCGGCGGCGAGGAGGAGGAGGGCGAGACGGAGAAGGAGCUGCCCGCCGCCGCCGCCGCCGCCGCCCCGCCGCCAUGGACUGCAGCCGCCUCAGGGCUCUCCUCCACAGAUACUGUACUGGAGAAGAGAAUUGGGUGGACAAUCGAACUAUUUAUGUUGGCCAUCGCGAACCUCCCCCAGGUGCUGAGGCAUACAUUCCACAGCGAUAUCCAGAUAACAGAAUAGUUUCCUCAAAGUACACUUUUUGGAACUUUGUACCGAAGAAUUUGUUUGAGCAGUUCCGAAGAAUAGCAAACUUUUAUUUUCUCAUCAUUUUUCUUGUACAGUUAAUCAUUGACACACCAACUAGUCCAGUGACAAGUGGGCUUCCACUUUUCUUUGUAAUCACUGUAACAGCUAUAAAACAGGGCUAUGAAGACUGGCUUCGUCACAAAGCUGACAAUGCAAUGAACCAGUGUCCUGUUCACUUCAUUCAACAUGGCAAACUGGUUAGAAAGCAGAGCCACAAACUAAGAGUUGGAGAUAUUGUGAUGGUAAAAGAAGAUGAAACAUUCCCUUGCGACUUAAUAUUGUUGUCCAGUAGUCGGGCAGAUGGAACAUGUUUUGUUACAACAGCAAGUUUGGACGGCGAGUCCAGUCAUAAGACAUAUUAUGCUGUCCAAGACACGAAGGCCUUUCAAACUGAACAGGAUAUUGACACCCUGCAUGCUACUAUUGAAUGUGAACAACCCCAGCCUGAUCUUUAUAAAUUUGUCGGCCGAAUAAAUGUUUACCAUGACAGAAAUGAACCUGUUGCAAGGCCAUUAGGAUCUGAAAAUGUGCUUCUUAGAGGAGCUACAUUGAAGAACACAGAGAAAAUAUUUGGUGUUGCCAUAUACACUGGCAUGGAAACAAAAAUGGCAUUGAAUUAUCAGUCAAAAUCUCAGAAACGAUCUGCAGUUGAAAAAUCAAUGAAUGUAUUUCUUAUUGUUUACCUCUGCAUACUGAUCAGUAAAGCACUAAUAAAUACUGCCCUGAAAUAUGUUUGGCAAAGUGAGAAAUCCCGUGAUGAACCUUGGUAUAAUCAGAAAACAGAACUCGAAAGGAAACGAAAUGUGUUUAUUACAGCAUUUACAGAUUUUCUUGCCUUCAUGGUUCUUUUCAACUACAUUAUUCCUGUAUCCAUGUAUGUCACAGUAGAGAUGCAAAAGUUUCUUGGUUCUUAUUUUCUCACUUGGGAUGAAGAAAUGUUUGACGAAGAAAUAGGUGAAGGACCGCUGGUGAACACCUCUGACCUCAAUGAGGAGUUAGGACAGGUUGAAUAUGUCUUCACAGAUAAAACAGGGACAUUAACAGAGAACAAUAUGGAGUUCAUAGAAUGCUGCAUUGAGGGGCAUGUUUAUGUGCCUCAUGUCAUCUGUAAUGGGCAAAUCCUUCACGACUGUGGCGGAAUCGAUAUGAUUGAUUCAUCCCCAGGAGGAAGUAGCAAAGACAGAGAAGAGCUCUUUUUCCGGGCUCUGUGCCUUUGUCACACUGUCCAGGUGAAGGAAGAUGACAAUGUGGAUGGAUUAAAAAAGGCCCAGCUGUCAGGGAGGUCCUCUGUGUAUAUUUCAUCAUCCCCUGAUGAAGUUGCUUUAGUUGAAGGGAUUCAGAGGCUUGGUUUCACAUAUUUAAGGCUGAAAGACAAUUACAUGGAAAUCUUAAAUCGAGAAAAUGAUAUUGAAAAGUUUGAACUCCUGGAAAUCCUUAGUUUUGAUUCCGUAAGGAGACGAAUGAGUGUAAUUGUUAGAUCAUUAAAAGGGGAAAUAUUUCUGUUUUGCAAAGGAGCAGAUUCUUCUAUAUUCCCUCGAGUUACAGAAGGCAAAAUAGAACAGAUUAGAGCAAGAGUUGAGCGCAAUGCAGUGGAGGGUCUGCGGACAUUAUGUGUGGCAUAUAAAAAAUUCACCUGUGAGGAAUACGAAAGUGUACAGAAGCAACUUCAGGAGGCAAAGUUGGCUCUGCAGGACCGGGAAAAGAAGCUGGCAGAAGCAUAUGAACUGAUAGAAACUGAGCUUAUCCUACUUGGUGCUACAGCAGUUGAAGACCGUCUGCAGGAAAAAGCUGCUGACACAAUUGAAGCCUUGCAAAAAGCUGGCAUUAAGGUAUGGGUUCUGACAGGAGACAAAAUGGAAACUGCUGCUGCUGCUUGCUAUGCCUGUAAACUCUUUAGAAGAAAUACUCAAAUACUUGAGUUAACUACAAAGAAAAUUGAAGAGCAGAGUUUGCAUGAUGUGCUGUUUGAACUAAGCAAAACUGUCCUAAGGCACAAUGGCAGCUUAACACGGGACAGCUUCUCAGGGCUUUCAGCUGAAAUGCAAGAUUAUGGUUUAAUUAUUGAUGGAGCAGCACUAUCAUUAAUAAUGAAACCUCGGGAAGAUGGGAGCUCUGGUAACUACAGAGAGAUCUUCCUUGAAAUUUGUAGGAACUGCAGUGCAGUUUUAUGCUGUCGCAUGGCUCCUUUGCAAAAAGCACAGAUUGUAAAAUUAAUUAAAUGGUCAAAGGAGCACCCCAUCACAUUAGCAAUUGGAGAUGGAGCAAAUGAUGUCAGCAUGAUCCUAGAAGCACAUGUUGGGAUUGGUAUUAUUGGAAAAGAAGGUCGUCAAGCAGCAAGAAACAGUGACUAUGCAAUACCCAAAUUUAAACAUUUGAAAAAAAUGUUGCUUGUUCAUGGGCAUUUUUAUUAUGUCAGGAUAUCUGAACUUGUGCAAUACUUCUUUUAUAAGAAUGUGUGCUUCAUUUUCCCUCAGUUUUUAUACCAGUUCUUCUGUGGGUUUUCACAGCAGCCUUUAUAUGAUACUGCGUAUCUUACCCUGUACAAUAUCAGCUUUACUUCCCUUCCUAUUCUGUUGUAUAGUCUAAUGGAACAGCAUGUCAGUGCAGAUACCCUCAAGAGAGACCCUUCACUGUACAGGGAUGUUGCCAAGAAUGCCCAUCUACGCUGGCGUGUAUUCAUUUACUGGACAUUCUUGGGAGUAUUUGAUGCUGUGGUCUUUUUCUUUGGUGCCUAUUUCUUGUGCGAAAACUCAUCUGUGACCAGCAAUGGACAGCUAAUGACAGCCAACACUCACAUGAUGUUUGGAAACUGGACUUUUGGGACACUGGUGUUUACUGUUCUAGUAUUUACCGUUACCCUGAAGCUUGCACUAGAUACACACUACUGGACAUGGAUCAACCACUUUGUGAUCUGGGGGUCGUUACUUUUCUACAUUGUCUUUUCUCUUCUCUGGGGAGGGAUAAUCUGGCCUUUUCUCAAUUACCAGAGGAUGUACUAUGUGUUCCUGCAAAUGCUGUCUAGUGGUCCUGCAUGGCUGGGCAUUAUAAUGCUCAUAAUUGUGAGCCUUCUGCCAGAUGUACUGAAGAAAGUUUUAUGCAGGCAGCUGUGGCCAACAGCAACAGAAAGAACCCAGACUGCAUCAAGCCAUGGCCGGGACCAUAUUUCAGAAUUCACCCCUCUUGCCCCUUUGACAAGACCAAGAUAUAGGAGCAAUGAAUGCAAGAAUUCCCCACCAAGAAGGUCUAGUUCUCAUUCUAAAAAAACAAUGUUUACACAUUGGCGAAACUAUAAUUAUUCAGUGCUCCCUGCUAUCUUUGGCAAUUCCAAUACACGUUUUGAUUCUGGUGCAGGAUACUACCACAGGAGUUCAGGUUUGGAAACAUGUCUGUGACCCAUCACCAAUUCAAGCCUUUAAGAACCUCAGCUGCUGACCCCUCAAAAAACUGUGCAAACAAUUAUGGAAAUUUUCAAUAAGCUGUAAUAUUCUGACAAACUGAAUCAAGAGCGCUGAAAACAAGCCUUUCCAGGAGUAUUGGCCUUCCUUUUUAUGUUUUAAACUGUUGAAACAAUGGAUUAUCUACACAGUCUGGCACUGUGAGAAUGGACAGCUCUAUAAUUUCACUCCAUUCUUUCAGAACCCUUGUAUGAUUAUCGCUUCUAUCAUUUCUCUUCCUUUAUUACUUGAACACAGUCCUCCUUCAGUCCAUGACUCUCUUCUGAGUUGAGUGGUUAAAAAUGGUCAGUUAUAAGUAAUUAUCUAAGAUCCCUAGUGAAAGUCGCUGAAAGCUUUUUCACAGGUGCUGUUUCUGACUUGUUUUUGUCCUUUGCUCUUUCUGUAGAACAAACUGGUGUUUCCUCUGUGCAAAUCUUCUUUCAAGAAACACUCUCUAAUGUCCAUUUUAUUGUAAGUCGCCAAGUAGGACUGUCUGUGAUUUUAGGAUUGUUUUACCACUAUAGACCAAUACGUUUUCAUUUAGACUCUAUAAACUUCAAGAAGUCAAGCUGGCUAGUAGGCUCUGAGUUGCAAAUUAAGACUGAAUUCAAGAAUUUCGCUUGAGGAAAUUGUCAACAGCACUGCUCUACCAUUUUGUUGUCUCUAAAAUGAAUUGGGAUACAGGAAGCAUUUUUCUGCUCUCUAUUUCUUUUGUCAAAGUGAGGAGGAAUUAAUAUUUGUACAACUAGGAAAAUAGAAACCUGCCUUACAACAGGUGAAAUCAUUUGCCUAUUCAGUGAAUACUGUUCAGACAGGAGCUUUUCCAGCUCCAUCUGAAGAUGCUAGGGACUGAAAAUCUGUGAGCUUCUGAUACAAAACAUGUAUUCUGAUACUAAGUCACAGCCACAAAGUGAAAGACAAAUUUAAGGGGUUUUCCACAUUACAUACCUGCAGCAAUAUAAUUUCAUUUAAACUGUAUUGCUGCAUCUUAUAGAAUCCUGGGUUUUGACAUUUGGUGAUGCACUCUAUAGAGGUCCUUGGUUGAGAUUUCUAAGUAUCCCACCCUAAACUGAAAAUCCCAGGAUUCUGAAGGAUAAUGGCAUGCCAUUAAAGGUGGACCCAUAGCGCUAUCAUUAUUUAGUGUGAAAGAGCCUUCCAAGGCCUUCUGUAAUAUGAAGAUAGAGCUUUUUGAUAGUUUGUUUUAGUAAAUAACCACUAGUGGGUUUUCCCUCUUCCUUGAAUGUGGAUUUGACCAUGCCUGAGAAAAAACAAAUACAAAAACUAUAAUCAGUCAUUUUGAAAACUGACAGCCAGCUUGUACUUCAACUUCAUUUGUGGCUAUAGUUCUGCUUUGUACUGAUUUUGGUAAUAGCUGAUCUGUACCAUUUUUGUUUCUUUUAUCCAGUGUUUUAUUUAGGGUAUCAAAGUGGCUGAAAAUUGCUUAAUAGGAACUAAAGUUUCUAUGUGGAGAAAAAUCAUGUGUAGCUUUCCUUUCGCCUUCCCUGGGCAGAGAUGGGGCAAAGGGAAACAAAACGUUUCAAAAGGCAAAUUGCUGAAAACUUGAUUAUACCAAAGAUUAUGGAAAAUGCGAAUCUGAUAUUUGUUCCUGUGAAGUUUCCCACCCUCAUCCAUCUAUUAACGCACAGCAUCACAGCAUCUCUGUCAUUUAAGAUAAAGCACUUUCCAAUUCCAGUGUUGUUCACAUGCUGAAUAUCAAAUAUUUAUUUGACAUCUCAUACUUGAAUGACGGGUAGAAAUGUCCCCUACAUAAAACACUGGUAACAAAAAUAUAUAAAUAUAUAUAUAUUUUUAAGAAAUCAACUUGAUGUGGGUAUUGAUUUUAUAUCUGUAGUCGUGAUAAACUUCCUGUUUGAGUGUAGUUAACAAAAUUAUUUUUAAUGUAUUUUUAGAAAUCUUAAAAUUGCCUUUGCACUGAAAUAUUUUUCAAUACUAUAGCUAUUUAUAUAUCUGUUUUACGCAUACAUUUGUUAACACACUGUUUCUAUUUUUUUUAAGUGUAUGUUUUAGACUUUUUUUUAUACUUAUCAAUUUUGGAUCUCCAGGAUUUAGCUUAUAGUGGAGUUGUGACUGAAUGUUAAAAUUUUAAUGAAUGUUAAAAUUUGAAAUAGAUUUGCUCCUUAAUCACCCAAAGCUAAUGAUUUUUGCUUUAUUUACUUUCACUUCUAAAGAGUAGCUUUUAAUGUGGCAGCACAUACCGCUUACAACCAACUGCUGCUAUUGCAAUUCUUAUGUUUUUGUUCCAUAAAGCUUUGUACCAGUUGCUUGCUUUUGUGUUUCUCAUUUCCAUCCCUUAGCCUUAUAUAAGAAGACUCUUGAGUGAUGGUUUGAAAAUGUUGCAUUCCUGUCUGCCUACCAACAAAAGGUUUUACUGCAACCUCAUGGCAUCUCAACUAUUUCCUAAACUGAAUAAGAUUUUGCAGGCAGAAACAUAACUGUAGCUAUGCAGGGAGAUUUUGCGGGGUGAUGAUGAGUUAAAAUGAAUUGGAUCUGAUUUAAGCUAUGACAUACAGAGCAAACACACUGAAUUCAUUGAAUCCAAUAUUUAUAUACGGAUUUAAACCAUGAAUCAUAAUAGUAAAAAUAUUACAGUCUGUUCACUUUUGACUGUGUCUGAAUUCAUCCCUACAAACUGUAGUUUGUUAGCUGCAAAUUACAGUUAGCAUAGUUUGUUAUAGGAAUCCAAAUUCAGAUCUGUUUGAACCAUGUCUUAUCAUUUUGUCCAAACCUAGAAAUGUUGCUUGCCCCACGGUUACUUCUUCGGGUGCAUAUCCUAAAAUAUUACCUCAGAAAGUGGUUGGGAUAAAAAAAACAGGCCAGUAAAUGGACAAAACAGCUAUGGCUUAUUUAAUUGUCUAUGGGAUAAUUAAUGGCCAAAGCAACACAUUUUGGUCAGCAUAAACCAUGACAGGAAAAUAUGUUCUAGGAGAAUAGUUAAAUAAUUUAAAGGAACCACUAAAUAACUGGAUUAAAGAAAAUAACCCAUAUAUAUUUUAAAAAAGAGAAAAACUGAAUGUACUUAAGUGUGAACAUCAAUAUCUGUUUCACUCUCUAUAAUAGAAUCAUAGAGCUGGAAGACACCUCAUGGGCCAUCCAGUCUAACCCCCUGCCAAGAAGCAGGAAAGUCACAUUCAAAGCACCCCUAACAGAUGGCCAUCCAGCCUCUGCUUAAAAGUCUCCAAAGAAGGAGCCUCCACCACACUCUGGGGCAGAGAGAGAGAGUUCCACUUCCAAACAGCUCUCACAGCGAGGAAGUUCUUCCUAAUGUCCAGGUGGAAUCUCCUUUCCUGUAGUUUGUCCUGUACACAUGCAAAUGUAGCAAGGUGUCACAGCAGGGGGAACUUUGGGUCAGCAAUGACUCCUCAUCCAACUCAAGAAGUGUCCAAAUACCCUGUCAUUCUGUUUCCCAACAAAACUCCCCAUUUGAGAUACCCAUAAUAUUCACCCUCCAAACUGAGACCAUGAACAGAGAAGGGAAAUGGCACCCUUUCCAUGCAACUGGCCUCCCAUUUGGACAGGCUAGCCAUAUACUAGGGAAUCUGUGUACCUAUAACAGAAGGGAGUUUGGGUCCUGCCACAUCCUCCUCAGUGGGAGAAAGCAUGGAGCACAUUUUCUCAUAUCAAAGCAGCAGUUGCAGGAAUGCUCCUGCAGCCAGUACCAGAGUCUUAGAAGUUAUUUCACAGAAGGCAGAUUCUCCCUGACCAGGAAAAACUUGGAAAACAAUAACGCCUCAGGAACAGGGGACAUCAUUGUCUUGGACAUCCAAUUGGACAACAUAAAGCUGAUGGAAGGCCUUUGGUAGGGAACAGAGGAAAUUUUCCUCUUGUUAAAUUUAUUUGCCACUGUGCUGUAGCAGAAUCUACAUUGGUCAAUCCUAGUGGAGGAGAUUCCCUGCUGCGACAUACAAAAAUCUGUCCUCCCCAUCCCCUCCAAAGAAAACCAAAUGACUGAUGCAGUGAGUGGUGGUGUGCCAUUUCUCUUUACUUCCCCUGUCCCAAAUAGAAAACUUCAGAGGGCCCAAACUGUGACAACAGAUCAGUUGUUUAGUUAGGUGCUUGUAGUUUUGCUUGGAUACAAAGUAAGUCUUUCUCUAGCUGUAGACUGGGGCUCUGAAUGAGAGAAUUUCAGAAUGGAGACCAAUGGGCAGAAGCUAUAUUUCCAUGCAACUUAAUGUGGAGGAAUUUAGUCAGAAAAUGAAUAGAUAGUUAUAACAUUUAAGAGCAAAGUUCUGUAUAAUCAAAUAGCUUUGUCUGAUUUGGUGAACUCUUUAACAAGGAAAUGUCUCAAAUGCUUUACUUGUUAACUGCUGCCAAGUCAACUUCAACGUAUGGAUACCCUAUGAAUGAGAGGCCUCCAAGCCCCUAUAUCACCAACAGCCCUGCUUCCUUGAUUGUGUCUAUCCAUCUGGAAUGUGGUUUUCCUGCUGCUCUCUACCUUCUCAGGAUAUGUCCAAAGUACGACAACCUCAGGCAGCAACCAAAUUUCCACAAAGGAUGAACGUGUGUUUCCAUUGAGUCUUGUGUUCUUGGGAAUGGCUAGUAACAAAAUUAAACACUCUCCAUUUUUAAAAGUAUUUGUUUUGUUCAGCCCCUUAAUAGAAAAGCAUACCAUGUUUUUUCUCUCUUCUAUCAACCUAUUUAUCCCACUUAUCAAAGGAAGAAACUGCACUAGUUUGUGGCAUCUGUGAGAUCUUCUUGAAAAGCUUUAAUGGGAUUUUUGUCAUAUUAUCAAGAAAGAAAUAUGUACAUGAUUGUAUGUUGCACAAUUGCACACAUCAGUUUAUACAGCUUUAUCUUGCCCAAAUUGUACAGAAUUUUAAAUGUGUGUUGUCUGAAAAAUUCCGUCAUGUGUAUGCAGUAUCAUGCUAAAUACUCUUUCUUUCUGUAAUGUAAAGUAGGCUGGCAAAAAUGCUCUUGGGAAUGGUGGGACAUAGUUAUCAGUGCAUUAACCAUUAAAAAUACCUGUAGUCAUCAGCACUAAACACUGAAAUGUGUUUUUAAAUGGUACAAUGAUAGGUGCACUUAUCUGAUGAUAAUUCAGCCUUCAAAACUACUAUUUAGACUAUGCUAUAACACUUCAUUAACUGGAUCAAAGCAGUCUCAAAUAUUAGGAGCAUAGAAACUAUAAAUAUAUAAAUAUACAUAAUAUACAUACCUCUGCAUUCAUGUAAAGUUUGUUUUCAGUGCUAUUUUUCAACUUUCAUUUCUGUAGAUACAUGGAUUCUUUAUAUUCAUAUUUUGGAACUUUCUGUAGAUUGUAUAAAGCAGUAGAUGUUUAAAUCUGCUUGCAAUAAAAUAAAAUUUACAUAUUUGUU